AGUUUCGUAGCAGAAAGAGUUUGGUAAUAUCGGAGUACGCUUUGCAUAAAAACAAACGCGCAAUUUCUAGCUAAACUCUGAUUGGCUGGUUUCUGAACACGGAGCUGUCAUUUGGCGCGGGUAUUCAACAGCUUUUGGUGCCUGUUUUGGUCAAUUAAAACCUGAAGAUCGCAUUUUAGGAAAUCGUACGAGGUCUGAAGAGCAUGGAAGGAGGCAGGACCAGUUUUCCAUUUCCAUACCAGCCUUAUUCCAUCCAGGAGCAGUUCAUGCAAGCUCUGUACUGGGCAUUGGAUCAGGGCAAAGUGGGCAUCUUUGAGAGUCCCACUGGAACGGGCAAGUCUCUGAGCCUGAUUUGUGGUGCACUCAGCUGGCUUACAGACUUUGAGGAGAAGAGGAAACAAGAAGCGGAUGUUCUGCUCCAAAAAGGCCAGGCCGUCCUCUCCUCCACCUUCACCCAGACCCCUGACAGCAGCUCCACAGAACCAGACUGGAUCACUGACUUUGUCCAGAAAAAGGCCCAACGAGAUCUGGUGACAAAGCUCAAGGAUGAAGAAAUUAAAAGGAAGAAGAGAGAAGAACGUCUCGAGAUGAUCCGAAACAAUGUUCAGCUCAAGUUUGCCAUGAAAAGAAAGGUUGAGGAGGACGAGGCAUUUAAACUGCUGCAGUUGAGUAAAGAAGAACCAGCAGAGGGGGCUGGAGACAAAGAGGAUGAGGAGUUAGUGGUAGCAGAAUAUGAAAGUGACGAUGAAACAAAAUCUAAAAACAGAUUCCAUGGGCACUGUGAUGAUGAUGACGAUGAAGACCUGGUAGAAGAACAUGUUACAAAGAUUUACUACUGUAGUCGCACUCACUCUCAGCUGGCUCAGUUUGUACACGAGGUUCAGAAGAGUCCCUUCAGUAAAGACAUCAGUGUGGUCACCCUGGGCUCUCGGCAGAAUUUAUGUAUCAACGAGGAGGUGAAGCGUCUAGGGAGCAUCCAGCGCAUCAACGACCGCUGCCUGGAAAUGCAGAAGAACCAACAUGAGAAAUCUGACCCUGAGGACGGGGUUAAGCGGAGGCGGGGCCCAGCUAAGGCUGUGUGUCCCUUUAACAAAGUGUCGGCUCAGCUGCAGAUGAGAGAUGACAUCCUGGGGAGUGUCCAUGACAUUGAGCAGCUUCUGAGGCUGGGAAACGAGCUGCACUCAUGUCCAUACUACGCCACGCGCCUCUCUGUACCCCCCGCACAGCUGGUCGUGUUGCCAUAUCAGAUGAUCCUCCAUGAGGCCACCCGACGUGCUGCAGGGGUCCAGCUGAAGGGCCAGGUGGUGAUCAUAGAUGAAGCCCACAAUCUGAGUGACACGCUCUCUUGCAUCCACAGUGCUGAACUCACAGGAGCACAGCUUUGCCGUGCUCACUCUCAGCUUACCCAGUAUUCAGAGCGCUACAGGAGCAGACUCAAAGCCAAGAACCUCAUGUAUAUCAAACAGAUCCUGUUUGUGAUUGAGGGACUGGUCAAGGCUCUUGGAGGUAAAGUGGGGCAGAAUCCACAAACUCAGACCACCCAGGCUGGCACAGAGAUGCUGACUAUUAACAACUUCCUUUUUAAGGCUCAGAUCGACAACAUCAAUUUAUUUAAGCUGCAGAGGUACUUUGAGAAGAGCCUGAUCAGCAGAAAACUAGGGGGCUUUGUGGAAAAGUAUGCAGGCUCAGGAGUGAGUGUGCACACCCAGAACCCCAACAAGGAGAACCACCGCACAGAUGGACUCAACCGCUUCCUCCAGAGCCUGCAUAGCAACCAUUCACAGCCAGUGCCCUCGUUAGAACAACAGGGGGCAGCAGAGUCCGACAGAGCUCUGUCCAUGUCUCCCAUGAUGCAGAUGGAGGGCUUCUUCAUGACCCUGACCAACAGUAACACAGACGGACGCGUGGUGCUGCACAGACAUGGCACUCUGUCAGAGAGUAGUGUGAAGUUCCUGCUGUUGAACCCAGCCGUGCACUUUGCCCAAGUGCUCCGAGAAGCUCGCGCUGUGGUCAUCGCUGGGGGCACCAUGCAGCCGGUUUCAGACUUCAAACAAGAGCUCCUCUUCUCUGCUGGAGUGGAGGAGGGACGAAUUGCUGAGUUUUCAUGUGGUCAUGUGAUCCCUCCUGAAAAUAUUCUACCCAUAGUCCUAUGCAACGGUCCCUCAGGUCAGGAGCUGGAGUUUACGUUUCAGACCCGAGACUCUCCAAGCAUGAUGGAUGAGACCGGUCGUGUCCUGUCUAACAUCUGUACCGUGGUGCCCGGUGGGGUGGUGUGUUUCUUUCCUUCCUAUGAGUAUUCAAGGAAGGUCAUCUCACACUGGGAGACCACUGGAACACUGGGUCGUCUGGCUAACAAGAAAAAGAUUUUCCAGGAACCAAAGAAAGCUAACCAAGUGGAGCAGGUGCUUAGUGAGUUUUCCCGUUGUAUCCAGAGAUGUGCUCACGAUGGGGGAAGUCUCACAGGAGCCCUGCUGUUUUCUGUCGUUGGAGGAAAGAUGAGUGAAGGCAUCAACUUCUCUGAUGAUCUGGGAAGGUGUGUAGUGAUGGUGGGAAUGCCUUAUCCGAACAUCAAGUCCCCAGAGCUGCAGGAGAAGAUGGCCUAUCUCGACAAACAUCUGCCUCAUACUGGAGGGAGGAGUCCUGGUCAAGCACUCAUCGAAAACCUCUGCAUGAAGGCUGUCAAUCAGUCCAUAGGAAGAGCCAUCCGCCACCGUGGAGACUAUUCCACCAUAGUCUUAUGUGACAGGCGCUACUCCCGUUCUGCCACUCUGUCUAAGCUGCCCUCGUGGAUAAAGGAGCGCACCUGCACACAUGCAUCAUUUGGCCCGGCUUUUGCUGCUCUGAGAAAGUUCUUUGUAGAGAAGAAGAGGCAACAGCAGCAGAAGUAACUGGCUCAACAGGACAUAAUGAUUCAAAUUCACUUAUGGUUAGCUCUACUUGUGUAUGUGUUGUUGAAAAAUUGCAAUAUGAGAAAUAUAAAUGUUUAUUGUUCAAGCAGUAUCAGGGAAUGAGAAUUCUUUUAUAUACAGUACAUUCAAGUCAUGUGCACAGCGGAGAUCUCUAUAGUAUCUUAUAUAGGUUUAGCUUCUUAAAGGAACUGUAUGUAGCCUGUGCUCUUAACGUUUUAAAACAUUUAAAACAAUCACAACUGAACCAGGGUUGCCAGUACUUUAACAUUCUUGAAUUUGGACAGCAUGUAGUGCAGCAGAGGCACAGAUUAAUGAUUGGCUGUUGCUACUGGGGUUUAGGUAGUAAGGAUUCAGAUUAGAGAUUCCUUAUAGGUUUAAACCCACUAGAUUUCAGGAUUGAAACUGCAACCCAAAUGAGAGGCUAAUCGGUAAUAAUCUUGAGAACAAAAAUACCAAAUUACAACAUAAACAAUUUGGCCAUCAUGUCCAAAUAAAUUUAAAUGAAAUUAAAUAAAUAAUCUUGCAUACAGUUCCUUUUAAAUUCUUUUGAAAUAAAAAGGUUAAAUUGUUAAUUUUGCAUGAUUUAAAUGUUAAUAAAUGAAUUUGUUCUCUAUUUAUACUUUUUGCAUUCUUAUUAAUUUUUGAAAUAUUUUACACAGAUCUUUUUUUAUAUGAUUACGGUUCUGUGAAAAAAUAAAAACAUGUUAAUAUCUUGUA